GGAACCGUGGCAACUUCAGUUGUCAUGAUUUCCGCGCUCGCAUGGGUUCCGCGCGGCGCGUCCAAGCGCGUGCCGGAGAAGUUUGUCCUGUCGAAGGAAGAAGUGGAGAUGAUGUCGCAGCUGGCGCAAGAGGUCGAAGAAGAUAACGAGGAGGUUGAAGAAGAUGAGCCAGAAGAGGACGGGGCUGACGACGAUGCCGACAUGGAAGGCAAUGACGACGAUGACGACGAAGCUUUGAAGGAGUUCAACAUGGAUCAGUAUGACGAAGAAGAUGACGAUGCCGCUGUAAAGGACUACCUGCAAGGCAACGGCGCCGAGAUUCCUGUCGACGACGACGAAGAGGACAUUCCCGACGAUCUGGACGACGCGGACAAGGCCGACAUGGAAAUCCGACCGACGGACUCUGUUGUCCUCGUGUGCAAUACUGAGGAAGACUUUAGCAACUUGGAAGUGCACGUGUACGAAGAAGACUCGGGCAAUCUGUACGUCCACCACGAGAUCAACCUUCCCGCGUUCCCGUUGGCCCUCGCCUGGAUGGACAUCGCGCCUGUUCCGCCUGUCAAUGGCGCCCCCGUCAAUGGCAGCUUCGUCGCAGUCGGUACUUUCAAAGCCGGCAUUGAAAUCUGGAAUUUGGAUGUGCUUGACGUACUGGAGCCGACGGCAACGUUGGGUGGCGAAGUGAAUGCAACAUUUCGCGACGUUGCCAUCUCGAAAGCCAUGCGGAAGAAGCACAAGGCCGCGCUCAAGCCUGGUUCCCACCAGGACUCUGUCCUCGGCCUCGAUUGGAACGCAGGCCACCGCAACAUGCUCGCCAGUGCGUCGGCCGAUGCAACCGUCAAAAUCUGGGACGUCACGACCCAGCAGUGCAUGCACACCAUGACCCAUCACACGGACAAGGUACAGAGCGUCAAGUGGAACCCUGUCGAGUCUACGAUUCUCGCCAGUGCGUCGUUCGACCGCAGCCUUGUCGUGCUGGAUGGCCGCGCGCCGCACGCGUACUCCAAGUUUGCGCUCUCAGCCGACGUCGAAUCGAUGGUGUGGCACCCCCAUAGCCCAAGCACUCUUGUCGCAUCCACAGAAGACGGGAUCGUUGUCGCGUAUGACGUCCGAAAAGGCAACUCAGCGCCGUUGUACCGAUUCCAAGCGCACGACACGGCGGUGUCGGCGAUUUCGUUUUCACAGGCGAUUCCUGGUUUAUUUGCCACGGCUGGGACCGAUAAGCAUGUCAAGAUCUGGGACUUGGCUGGCCCGACGCCCCAGUGCGUGGCAUCGAAAGACAUGCAAGUUGGCGAACUCCUCACGCUGCAGUUUUACCGCGACUCGCCGUUCCUAUUGGGCACCGGCGGCACAGGCGGUGUCCUCGCCCUCUGGGAUACGUCCGAGAACGACGGCGUCGAGCGCAAGUUUGCCACGCGCGCCGCCAACAUUGGCAACCACCCCGUGCCGGACGGCCUGCAACUCCACACGUCGUUCAAGUCGGCCAACGACAUUGCCGACGAAUUGCUACGGGAAGAGGAAGAACAAAACGCGGUAAAAAUCCCCGCCACCAAGAAAAAGAGCAAGAAAAACAAGAAAUAAAACUAGACCAUCUAUAUUAACACUGCCAUUCCUGAACCACGUACGUC